GUUAUUGGCCAUCAAUCUCAAAUCCAACAUGGAUUCCCCCCGUUUGUGUAAAUUGUGCGCUCAAAAGCCCUGUAAUCAAUGCCACUCCGAGCCGGAUUUGACCGCGAUCGUUCCGGCGGAGCUUUGGACCGCGAUCUUCACCCAUCUGGAUGUGGACGAGUUGCUGAACGUUCGCCGAACCUGCCGAACGUGGAAGCGGGUCGUCGAUGGCAGUCGCUCGCUGCGGGCCCGCUUCCGGGUGGACUUUUGCGGAGUGAAGGCGAUGGACGGGGGGUACCGUCCGGUGGUUCUUCCGGCUGGGCACGCCGAGUUGGGGUGUUGCGAGAUUUUGGCGGUUGACCAUUGGUGGGGUUCGUUUGGGCAGGGGUUGGUUAGUCUCGAGGUUAAUUGCUGCGGGGUGACGCUUGGGACACUUUUCGGGAUGUUGCGGGGCUGUGGGAGCUUGAAGGAGCUGGCGUUGAUUCAGGUGUACUAUUUGGCGGGGGAUGAGGUGGGGUGGGUUGAUUUUCGGAUGGAGCAGCUGGAGACGCUGGCGUUGCAGAACGAUCGUUCCGACGAGCGGGCGACGGCGGUUCCGGACAAUUUGCUGGAUUUGCUCGGCAAAGUUUGUCCUCGGGUGAAGAACUUGGCCGUGAGUGGAGUUUGGAAUAAGAAAGCGGUGCUGAGGAUGAUUGAGACUUUGGAGAGCACGCUCGAAGGGAUUAAAUUUGAUGCGACCAAUAAGCUGUUGAGAGCGCUUUCGAUGCUGAAGCAGCUGAGGUUGCGCCGGGUUGCGAUUCUAAGUCUGACGAAGUACAACAGCGUCGUGUUUGGAUUCUUUUUCCAAGCCCAACGAUACAUUACGGAUCUCAGUGUUGACUCGAGUUCGAUUAUGUUCCUGAGCCAAGCAGAAUUUCGCCAGCUCAAGCUCACCCGUCUUCGGGUCAAUGUGAGAGCUUACAAGGCUAUCCUUCGCACAGCCCAAAUGCCAACGCUAAAGUACUUGGAAGUUUCGGGCUGUUCCGACAGCAGAGUUCACUUUGAACAUUGUAAGCUCACAAGUGUAGAAGAACUCCGUCUGAUUUCGAUCCAACCAAUGGACAAUAGUCUCACCGACUAUCUGCUCAGCUGUUCCGGCUUACGUACGUUGAGCCUUGGCGGAGUGACCAUCGACAACGGCAUGAGCCUCGCGUACGUGUGUGAGCAAAACUUUGCCUCCCUGCGCAAGCUGCAGAUGCACCUGCUUACUAUCCCUCGCCGAGUGCUGUUUCAACUGUUCCAGCUCUGUCCAAACCUGGAACAUCUGGAGCUCAAGCACGUUUGGUGCGUCAACGACGGUGUCGUGCUCAAGCUCUGCCAAAGUCUGAAGACCCUGAAGCGACUGUCACUCCAUUGCAACGUAAGCGAGCAGUCCGUGGACCACAUCAUCAACCACCACGGCCAACAUCUGCGCCAGCUGGACUUUGACGUGUUUGGGGAACUGUCGGAACGUGCCCGCAAGAAGCUGCUGGAUCAUUUUACACCCUGGUGUCAGGUGAACAACCCGUGGCAUUCAAAUUAUAUUGCUAGCAAAACUUUGGUGCAGUUUAAUGAUUAAGAAACAAAUUCAUAUCUUA